AUGGCUAGCAGUAGUGGAGAAUCGGAUAAUUCCGUUUCUCAAUUUGUAUCUACGUUAAUACCUACAUUGGUUAUUGCGCUUAUUUUCUAUUUAGCAUUUAUUGGUAUUAGAAAGAAGCAACAAAGAGUUUAUGAACCAAGAAACGUUGUCGAAACAGUUUCACCAGACUUGAAGCCUGGUGAAUCUCCAGCUGGAAUUUUUGGAUGGGUGUCGUUUUUAUUGCACAAACCAGAAACAUAUAUUAUUCAACAAGCAGGUGUUGAUGGAUAUUUCUUCAUCAGAUUCCUCUUUCAAUUUGCCGUGGUAUGCUUCAUGGGAUGCUGUAUUUUAUGGCCUGUUUUGUUCCCUGUCAAUGCUACGGGUGGAAAUGGUCAAGAAGGAUUGAAUAUUUUAUCAUAUGCUAAUGUUAAGGACAAGAAUAGAUUUUUUGCUCAGAUCUUUUUGAGUUGGGCGUUCUUCGGUUCUGUAUUAUUCUUGAUUUACCGUGAAUUGGUGUACUAUACCACUUUUAGACACGCUCUUCAAACCACUCCAUUAUAUGAUUCUUUGUUAUCGUCCAGAACCUUGUUAUUGACUGAGGUUCCUGAGAACUUAUUGAAGGAAGAUGAAUUGAGAGGUUACUUUCCUACAGCCACCAAUGUGUGGUAUGCCCGUGAUUACACUGAAUUAACCAAGAAGGUUAAGGAAAGAAACAAGCUCACCAACAAGUACGAAGGUACUUUGAACAAGACACUUACCAAGGCUGUUAAAAUCAGAAAUAAGGCAUUGAAGAAAAAUAAGGAGCCUCCUUUACCAGCCGAUGAUUUAGAUAAGUACUUGAAGGAUGGUAAGAAGAGACCAACCCACAAAUUGAAAUUCUUGAUCGGUAAGAAGGUUGACACGUUGACUUACUGUCCAGAAAGAUUAGGAGAAUUAAACACUGAAAUCAAGAAGGACCAAGCUCAGCACAAUGCUAACACUCAAAUUCCAUCUGUUUUUAUUGAAUUCCCAACUCAAUUAGAAUUGCAAAAAGCUUACCAAGCUAUUCCUUAUAACAAGGAAUUAGGUAAUUCUAAGAGAUUCAGUGGAUUAACUCCAGAUGAUGUGAUUUGGGAGAAUUUGCAUUUGACUACGACUAAGAGGAGAAUCAAGAAGGUAAUUGCUUCUACUGUAUUAACUUUGAUGAUUAUUUUCUGGUGUAUUCCUGUUGCUGUAGUUGGUGCUAUUUCAAAUAUUACUUUCUUGAUUAAAAAGGCCCCUUGGUUAGAAUUUAUUAAUAAUAUGCCAGAUAAGCUUAAGGGUAUUAUCACAGGUCUUUUGCCAGUUGUUGCAUUGGCUAUUUUGAUGUCUUUGGUUCCACCAUUUAUCAAGAAAAUGGGUAAGGUUAGUGGUUGCAUAACAAUUCAACAAGUUGAAUCUUAUUGUCAAGCCUGGUUUUAUGCCUUUGAAGUUGUCCACGUAUUUUUGGUGGUAGCUUUAUGUUCUUCUUCUAUUUCUGCUGUCCCAGAUAUUGUGGAGAAUCCAUCUUCUCUUAUGCCAUUAUUGGCUCAACAAUUGCCAAAAUCUUCCAAUUUCUAUAUUUCUUAUCUUUGUUUACAAGGUUUAACAAUUUCUGCGGGAUUAUUGUUACAAAUUGUUGCAUUAAUUUUAGCUCAAAUAUUGGGUAAGAUCUUGGAUGGCACUCCAAGGGCUAAAUGGAACCGUUGGAACACUUUGGGUCAACCCUUCUGGUCCGUUAUUUAUCCAGCUUAUGAAUUGUUAUGUGUUAUUGCAUUCGCAUACUCUAUCAUUGCUCCAUUAGUGUUGGGAUUUGCGUUCGUUACGUUUGUUUUGAUAUAUUGCGCUUACAUGUACUUAUUAGUUCAUGUUUUACAACCAAACAAGACAGAUGCCCGUGGUAGAAACUAUCCAAGUGCAUUGUUCCAGUUAUUCGUUGGCCUUUAUUUAGCUGAGAUUUGUCUUACAGCAUUGUUUGUUUUCGGUAAGAAUUGGGCUGCUGUCGCCUUAGAAGGUAUUAUGAUUGCGGUCACUGCUCUUUGUCAUAUCUAUUACAAAUGGAAGUUCUUGCCAUUAUGGGAUGUUGUUCCUGUAUCUGCUAUUAGAUAUGCUGCUGGUGAUGCAACAUACCAAUAUCCAAUGCACGAUCAAGGCAGGAAAGAAAUUAAGAUUGAAGGUGAGAACUACUGGCAAGGUGGAAACCAAUUAGGUUUAACUGGUGAUCAUGAUCAACAAGUAUUGCCAAACGUUCAUGAAAAGGAUGCCUACUUGGGAACUGGCUCUGACUCAAUUAUUAAUGAUGGUACCAGCCAAUCUAAGGUAACUACCGACUCGAAACAACCGUUCAAUAGAAACAAUACCGUCAAUGGAAAUGUAGUUGACGAAAAGGCAGUUGGUGUUGCAGGUACUGGGAACAAACCUAUUACCUCCGAGCCUCAAGGUUCUAAGCUCACCAGAUUCUUCAAGCCUAAGUUACAAACCUUUGACUUUGUUAGAGAUAAUAUGCCUGAACCUUACUUCAACUACAUUGAAUACAACCCAGAUUUCAUAAGAAACGCCUAUGAAGAUCCUGUUGUCAACGACGAAGAACCACAUAUCUGGAUCGCCAGAGACGACAUGGGAUUAUCUGAAAUUGAAAAGAAUAAGGCUUUAGAAAACGGAGUCGAUGUUUCUGAUGAGAAUGCUAUGUACAACGAAAAGGGUGCAUUAAUCUACACGGGUGCCCCACCUUCGUACGAAGAAGCUUUGAAAAUAUAA